CUUCACCUGAUUUUAAGACACGCCGCACACCUUACUAACAGUCAGUAUUUACAUGGAGGUGAAAUCGGACGGACGCGAGUGUCGGUGAGAGAUGUAACUGUUUUCGCUCAACAUAGAUUGCAUGGGGUAAUUUGGCCAGUGUAUAUACCUUGUAAAUAUUUUUUUUAAGUGUUUGUUAAAAUCCUGUGAUAUUAGUUAUAAGAAGAAACGACGCUGCAAGCAUGGUCGGAGUGCCCGAUGUCAUCAAGCCAUCAGAGAAAGUCGAAGAUUACUCCCCGCACAUCAACGGGAACCCUGUAUUCACCAUCAGCGAUGAAAUUGGCAGUCCAGAUAGCGGAUACACGAUGGCGUCCAUAAACACGAAUGGGGAACUUAAAAGCCCCCUGGAUCUGCCCGACAAGAAGAUACAUGAUGAAGAUGCUGAGAAACAGCCCUUAUCUGGGAAAAAGGAAGAGAGAUGGUGGAACACGUUGAUGCAAGUUGCUGUGCCGUUCUUCAUAGCGGGAUGUGGCACCAUCGGAGCUGGGUUGGUUCUCGGCAGCGUCAGAGGUUGGGACGUGUUCGUGGAAGUGUCAGCCAUAUUCGUUUUAGUACCGUCGCUAUCAGGAUUGAAGGGUAAUCUGGACAUGUGCUUGGCGUCUCGUCUGUCGACACAGGCUAACUUGGGAAACAUGGAUUCUCCGAGGGAAGUUAUCUCUAUGGUCGUCGGGAACAUAUCACUUGUACAGGUUCAAGCCAUAGUAGCAGCGACAGUGGUCUCACUUUUCGCGAUUGUAGUCAACACAAUCACCGAUCGAGAACUGAACGGAAACUAUGUUCUUCUCAUCAUUUCUUCAGCGAUCUUCACUGCAACUACUACAUGCUUUGUGUUGGACUUCGUGAUGGUGAUGGUCAUCUUUGGGUCUCAAAAGUUCAAGGUUAACCCAGACAACGUGGCAACACCGUUAGCGGCUUCUAUCGGAGACAUCGUCAGCAACUCAGUGCUAGCUGUCACAGCGCAGUAUAUGUUUGAACAAAUAAAAAAGUCUUUGUGGCAGCCAAUAACGUUGCUGUGCGUGUACUACAGCCUUCUUCCGGUGUGGGUGUUUAUUGUUUGGCGAAACAAAUAUACCAAGAAAGUUCUCACGACCGGGUGGACUCCAGUUAUUUCUGCUCUCUUUAUUAGCGGUAUCGGAGGCAUUGUUCUGGACCAGGCAGUAGACAGGUACCCAGCGUAUGAGGUAUUCCAACCAAUCGUCAACGGCAUCGGUGGUAACUUGGUGUGUGUACAAUCCUCACGUCUGGCAACACAUCUACACCAGACAGCAAUACCAGGAGUACUUCCGGAGAACACGAGGAUUAUCGAGUGGCCUUGGAAGACAUUGUUCUUUGGAACACCCGCCGCGAAAGUCGCUCGAAUGCUGCUGGUUCUUGCUGUUUGUGGCCAGAUCGUUUUUAUGAUCGUUGCUGACUUCGUCUACCAGGGAUUCGUUACCAUUCAAGUGUUCUUUGGCGUCACUUAUGUUAUGUGCAGUGUAGUACAGGUUAUGGUGUUGCUAUACCUCGCAUAUAUUCUGGUUCACUUCAUGUGGCAGAAGAAGAAAGACCCUGACAACGCAGCUAUUCCAUAUCUGACUGCACUUGGAGAUCUUUUAGGCUCUGUUUUCUUAGGUUUAGCUUUCGUCAUCCUCUCUAUAUUUGGCUUGCAAUAUGGUAAUAAUGUUCCGGGUUCAGGCACCUAAUCACAAGCGAAGAACAAGUGAAGAAUACUUUUUACGCUGAUCAUGAAAGACCGUGGGAUAUCAGGCUUCUUAAUGCUUUGCAACUUAGCUGUCAUUUUAGAAAAUAUUUACAUUUUGAUCUGUAAAUUAAUCUAUGAUCAGCGAAUGCCUUUUUGGAAGACUAGAAUUGUUAUGCCAAAGGUUAUAACGAAAAGUUUUAACGGAUUAGACUUAGAUUUGUGUAAUUUAAGCUGCUACAGAUUGUUUUUUAUUUUUAUACAAAAUCAAUUACAUAACAUCACAGUAUUAAUAUUUAUUACACUUUAGUGCCAAUUUAUAGUGGUUUUAGCUAACGUAACAACUAUUUAACACAAAUUCGUGUUCGGAACGUUUUAGUGAUAACUGUGAUAAGUUCCAAAUAUAUGAUCGUAAGCAAAACAAAUUUAAGUCUCCUGACUUUGUUCUGGGUGGAUGAAAUGGAUUUUAAUAAAUUUAACGAAUUUUACUGUCUCUCUUUCAUGUUUUCGCCUUCUUAUCUCUUUAUUAGACCAAUGAUUCUCAGAAAAUAAAAUGUCUUCUGGAGUGACAGGAUAUAAAUAUCACUGGACAUCUUCCAUGUAUUAUUAACAUUCCGUUAUGCCAUCGUGCUUUGUUCUUAUAUGUGUUGCAACUAACCAUAAAUUAAUAUAGCUACUUGUAAUCCAUUUUUGUGACUAAAAUACUUCCAUAUCUUAGAAUUCAUCUCUAUCGUUAACUCCGCUUCGAGCGUUAGUAGUUAGAGUUAGUUUUAGUUUAGACGAAUCAGUACAAUAAAGCAAUUGAUAGUAUUAAGAAAUUUAAGAUAUUGCCGUCAAUAUACCGUAUUCGAUUAGCCAUACUGUAGCGUGCGGAUGUGUGAGCCAAUGAUUGAGAGUAAAAAUUGUAGAUAUCACAUUAUUUUUUAACAAUCUUAGUGACUGACUUACCUACUUUUUAGUGGGUUUUACAAAUUUAAAUAAAAUUGUCUCGACACCAUGAUGUAUCUGAUCCAGUGAAUAAAUAUUUUUGGUGAUAGUAAAAAGCUGAUUCUAUAUCAACUAAAAAUGCAGCACUAUCAGAUAAAAUUGGCAUGAAUUAGAUUAAAAAGUAAUGAGUGAGCUAUAAAUGUAAUUCUUUUGAUUAUAAACAGUUUUACAUAGUAUGCAUAUCUACGAUGUUUUUAUUCUCAUCAUUAGUUGCGAAAAUAUUGUAAGAUCGCUGAAUUCAACAUUAUUAUAACCCGUUUGUUUCGAGCUACCUCUAAAUAGUUACUAUUACACAAAAUUUGUUGGAAAAAUAUAUUGAAGAUUUCAAAAAUAUCUGAUUUAAAACAUACAGGUAGAUAAGAAAUUUUGUUCAAACAGUUGUUCUAUCAAUAAAGUCACAAAUGUGACGGGGAUGUAAUGUUAAGCUAUAUUUUUGAAUGAAUGAUGUGAUAUACGAGAUUUUAACGUGUAUAUAGUGAUAAUUGUUAUAUAGUAUGUAGGAAAAUGUCGCUAGCACAUCAAUUAUGAAAUAGAAAACCGUUGAAUUCUGAAAAUUAAAUAUGAAGCGGAUUUUAAGUUAAGAUAUCAGUAAAAAAUAUUGUUUGGUGUACAAAUUUACUUAAAAAUAAAUAUGUCCAAUUA